GUGUGCCCGACACAGGACUCGGGCUGCACAUCGACGAUCUCUCGUUUCACUCGUGGCACGAGAGCGAGCACGUCUGCGUGGCCAACCUCAAGGCGUUAGCCACGACCAUGGCCUACUAUAUCUCCUCCACCCUCCGUGUCCCGCUCGCCGAGAGGAAAAUGAUGGUGACGGGAAACUCGUUGAGGUUCGUGAAGGACAUCCGUGAGGCUCUGGGUCAACUAAGUAUCAGUAAGAAGGGCUGCAACUUGGACCUCAUGUGGGCUGUGCACAAGCAUCGUGGGGACCCCCUCUACCUUGCCUCAG